CCCCUGCCUGUAUAAAGCUGGGUGCGGUGUUGGGGCAGCCACAGCUGGCAUUCGGCCUCCAGAGCAUCAGCACUGGCACUGGCACUGGCACGCGCUAUGGCAAAUGAAGUGCAAGACUUGCUGUCCCCCCGGAAAGGGGGUCAUCCUCCCGCAGUAAAAGCUGGAGGAAUGAGAAUUUCCAAAAAACAUGAAAUUGGCAUCUUGGAGAGACAUACCAAAAAAACAGGAUUCGAGAAAACAAGUGCCAUUGCAAACGUUGCCAAAAUACAGACGCUGGAUGCCCUGAAUGAUGCACUGGAGAAGCUCAACCAUAAAUUUACAGCAACAGUGCACACGGCACAUCAAAAACCCACACCUGCUCUGGAGAAGGUUGUUCCACUGAAAAGGAUCUACAUUAUUCAGCAGCCUCGAAAAUGUUAAGCCUGGAUUUAAAACACAGCCGUCUGGCCAGCUGCCUCAAACAUCUGACAGCUUAGCAAAAAGAGCCAAAGCUUUCCAUAGGCCUGCUGCCCUUGCUUGGUAAAUAAAACCACUUUUGUAUCUUCCCCUUUGACUUUAGGUAAUAAAGCAUCCAAACUGUAAA